AUGACUCGCCAUACAAAGAAAAGAAAAUAUUUGCAAAAAAUUACUGAAGAUCGUGAACCUAAAAAACAAUGUUGUAGCAUUUAUAUGCUUAUCGAUUCUUUGAGUCAUGAAGAAUUAAAAAAAGUUCAAAACCACAUUAAUUUGCUAAACCCUCAAUUACGAAACACUAAUAUCUAUGAAGUUAUUAAUUCCUUGAACCAGGAAGUAUUAAAAAAUAUUCAAACCCAUAUUAAUUCGCUAAAUCCUCAAUUACGAAACAUUAAUAUCUACGAAAUUAUUAAUUCUUUAGACCAGGAAGAAUUAAAAAAUAUUCAAAACUAUAUUAAUUCACUAAACCCACAAUUACAAAACAUUAACAAUAAAGCAAAUGAAUUCGUAGCUAGCAGUCUUUUUAAGCACUAUUCAUCUGAGAAAGAUUUUCAAGAUAAAGUAAAAAAAUUAGAAAUCAAAAACAACAA